CUAGACCAGUGUGGGAGAGGAUGCUGAAACAGUCAUCAUCUAAUCUCUGACCAACCGCAAUCUGAUCUUAAAAAAAAAAAAAGAGGAAUCAUUUAAUGGUGAUUGCAGCUGAUCAUUCUUGACUGCUGUCCUUUAUACACACAGAUCCUGAAUCUUCUCCCAUGUUGUGACCAAAGAAGUGUCUCGUUUUUAUCGACUUCUUCCUUCAAAUUGUAAGCCUUCGUCCUAUGGAGGGCUCUUUGGCUGGACACACUACACACUCGCACAGGAGAACCUCAUCCCUGGGUAGUCUUUCAGAUCAUGCCAGUGAAGAGAACGGGAUGAGAACCAGCACAGACGAGUGGCAUGAUAGACCACCUGUACCAACCUUACUAGGUUAUGAAGUCAUGGAGGAAAGGGCAAAGUUUACAGUCUACAAGAUCUUGGUGAGGAGAGCACCCGAUGAGAGCUGGGUGAUUUUUCGGCGCUACACGGAUUUCUCCAGACUCAACGACAAGCUCAAAGAAUUGUUUCCCAAAUUCAGACUCUCUCUGCCUCCCAAGCGUCGCUUUAAAGACAACUACGACAUGAACUUCCUGGAGGAGAGACAAGUGGGCUUGCAGGCCUUCCUCCAGAAUCUGGUCGCUCAAAAAGACAUGACUAACUGUGAUGUAGUGAGAGGGUUCCUGUGCUUGGACGAUCCACCCGGUCCCUUCGAUAGUCUGGAAGAGAGCAAGGCCUACUGCGAGACCCUGGAGGAGACGAACCAUCGGCUGCAGAGGGAGCUGCAGGAUAAGCAGCGAGAAAUCCAGUCUCUUAGAAGAAUCUUGGAGGAUCGAGAGCUCCAAAUCAGCGGGCUGGAGAAAACCAAGAACAGCAUCUGUGACGAGUUAAGUGAAGUCCACGCAGUGUGUAGUGAGACCGUGAAGGUAGACGCUCACACAGAGCCGGAAAUUGAAGCAGCAAGGACAGACGACGCAAGCGACCCAGACCACAGUUUGGACCCCCAGUUGGCAAAGAGAAGCCAUGCAGCUUACUGGAGCGGUUCGGCGUCAGAAGACAGCGAAUGUGUGAGCUUCACCAGAUCAACAUAUCUCAAGGACCAGGCUUAGAACUUCCAUCGCCUGCAUUCUGGAAAGAUAUAUUUGGAUUCUUGGAAAUUAGUUUGAAAGAUCAACGGAUCUAAACACCUGGAGCUAAAAUGAUCUCUGGUGAUAUUUACAAGCCACGACUGUUUUUUUCUCAGCAGAAAUAUGUUGGAGUGGUCCGAACAGCUGGGCUGAGAAAGAUCUGAACUAUUUACAAGGUGAGAAGUGAAGGCAUCUUAGAUGUUACAGAAUGCAGAUUCUGCGCAGUGCCUUUUUAUCUCUGAAAUCGCCAAACAGCACAUUUUUAGAAGUGUACAUCUGGAGUGGACAUUAAGAAGUCUGUUUUAUUAUAUUUUCUCGAGGGCUUGACUAUAUUUGGAGUGCUUUUAAGUGUACGUGUGUGUUCGUGUGUGUGUUUGAGUCUGUGUGCUUAUUAAUCUAUUGCUAUUAAGGUGUAGAUUAAUGCGCUUGCUGUAAUACAUGAUCGUUUCCAUAGUAAUAACUCAUUCAGGGAAUAAACAGAUUUUCAAUGCUGUUAUUUAACAAAGAACAAUAUGUGCAAUCAUUAAUAUAGCGAAAUUUUCUGUAAGGAGAUGUAUAUUCAACAUUUAUGGAAGGAGUCUCCAGUGUCAGUGCAUUGUAACAGUCGGUGCGUUUUCCGCUACGGGACUUUGCUCUUUCCAGUUUCUCUGAAACAUCACCAACUCCAUCUUUUGUCUCAUUCAAAAGAGAGAAAAAAGAGAGACUGCUGAGCAAAUGUCAGUUUAUAGCUGCUACAACAUAAGCGAUGACAGGAACUCAUUUGUUUCGCAGAUGUCCCAUAACAUUAAAUGUAACUAUAAAUCUUUAA